AUGAGCCAAAAGCUGACAACUUUCGACUCGUCUAAGGAGAUUGAGAUUGAGAUAUAUAAACGUCAAGAUUGUCCACUACGAGUCGCGGUGGCUCCAGUUGAGCAAGAGGGAGAAAUUCCAAAUCGCAAACAACCUGGUCUACUGAGAUCAUUCACAAAUUUGAGCGCUCUGAUAAGGCUUGCUAAACGGCCAAAGCGACAACUUCUCGAAAGUUACGCAGAGAUUAUCCAACGAUGGGUCAACGAUUGUUGCGAAAACCAUACAAUCUGCUCCUUACAAGAUGAUGGUGUACCAUUUGUACCCAGCCGAUUAUUAGAUUUGAGCGGUGAACAAGGGCAAUCGAUUCGGCUGGUUGAAACUAUGCAUUUUGUUGAUGCUACCGAGUUAUACGCAACUCUAAGCCAUCGUUGGGGAAAUUCUCAUUUCAUUCAAACUAAUAGACAAACUCUUCAGAAACAUAUUAAGACAGGUAUCGAAAUAUGCGAUCUCCCAAAGACAUUUGCAGAUGUUGUUACAAUACUCCGAACACUUCGUAUUCGCUAUGUAUGGAUUGAUAGCUUAUGUAUCAUUCAGCAUGAUGACGAAGACUGGAAAGAACAAGCGACUCAGAUGGCCAGAAUAUACUUUAAAGGUUAUUUGAAUAUUGCUGCGACAGCGGCAUCAGACAGUACAGAAGGCUGUCUCAAUACUCGGAGCUUGCGGCACGGUAUAAUAUCAGAUCUUAGAGCAUUACCUAUCAAUGCGAGUAAUGUAUCCCACGAAAACAACGUGGUCUAUAUCCGGCCUUCAUUUCAUGCAGUCCACCAACGAUUCAACAUCCGCAAGAGAAAUCGCGAAACCGAUCCUGCAGACCACGAAAUCACAUCACUACUAUCAAGAGCGUGGAUAUUUCAAGAGCGACAAUUGGCGCCACGGACUAUUCAUUUCCAUCCAACGGAACUAAUCAUGGAAUGUAAAUCUGGUCUUCGCUGUGAAUGUACCGGUCUUGAAAAUAUGUACAAAACGUCCAGAUCAAAGCUAGCCGAUAUCAAUUCGCUAGAUAGACGUCAUAUUCUAGAUCGCUGGCUUGGUCUGAUCAACGAGUAUUCGAAACUACUCAUUACAUAUGAUAGAGAUAGAUUGAGGUCUUUUAUGGAAUGUAGCAAGCCAUUGUCAUUUGAACAUGACCACAAUCUAAAUAUAUACCGAUACACCUCCGAAUCGAAAUUUGCCCCUACUUGGUCUUGGGCAUCUCUCGUAUCGGAUCGAAAGGACACACCAAUUAACUUUCUACUUCUUUAUGAAGAUUCUUUUAAGGCGCAUGACCGUUUUGCAUAUGUUCAUACGAAUAUUCCUAUGUUAGCCAUAGAUUCUUUGAAGAAUCCGGAACCUGCAUAUCUAAUUAUCCGGGGAUUGACUAUUAGCGCUAGAAUAUUCCACGGCUACCACAAGCAUGAUCGCACCUUAAACGACACUACGCUCGAGUUCUCACAAGUUCACCACAAAGAUUCUCUCGGAUUUGCUCUGGAUUGUACGCUUUCCCAGUCCGGAACCACGGAUGGUGAUAAAGUAUGUUGCUUACUUGUCGGAACCUCCAACCAAUACGGAAUUAGCUUUGGAUCGCGAAAUCAUUGGUUACACAUUCUUGUCUUCAAACUAUACCAGGAUUCUGAGGCUUAUGAACGCUUGGGGAUUUGUGCAGCUCGUUCAAAUAGUAGGAUAUUUCGAACGGCGCGGGAAAACACUUUGAAACUUAUCUAG